UGUCUUCUGUUGUUUCCUCUUUUAGGAUCUGAUGCUGUCGCUUGCCAACAAAAAAUCAAGUCUAAUUUGAGGGAGAAGUUCAGGUGUGUGUUUGAGGGAAUCGCUAAAGCAGGACAGCGAACCGAUCUGAAUGACUUCUACACAGAGCUCUUCAUCACAGAGAGAGGCAGUGGAGAGGUCAACAAGGAACAUGAGGUCAGACUGAUUGAAAAACCUUCCAGGAAACCAGCCAAGGAGGAAACACCAAUCGGAUGUGAGGACAUCUUUAAACCCUUACAUGGACAAGAUCAAAUCAGGACAAUAAUGACAACUGGAGUGGCCGGCAUUGGUAAAACUGUCUUAACACACAAGUUCACUCUGGACUGGGCUGAAGGCAAAACCAAUCACGACAUACACUUCACAUUUCUCCUCACUUUCAGAGAGAUGAAUUUACUGAAAGGGAAAGAGUUUAGCUUGGUGGAACUGCUUCAUCACUUCUUUAUUGAGACCAAAGAAGCAGGAAUCUGCAGAUUCCACCGGUUCCAAGUUGUCUUCAUCUUGGAUGGUCUGGAUGAGUGUCGACUUCCUCUGGACUUCCAGAACGACCCGAUCUGGACUGAUGUCACAAAGUCCACCUCGGUGGAAGUGCUAUUGACAAACCUCAUCAGGGGCGACCUGCUUCCCUCCGCUCGCAUCUGGAUAACCACACGCCCUGCGGCAGCCAAUCAGAUCCCUGCUGAGUGUGUUGACCAGGUGACAGAGGUGAGAGGGUUCACUGACCCACAGAAGGAGGACUACUUCAGGAAGAGAUUCAGAGAGGAGACGCUGGCCAGCACAAUCAUCUCCCACGUCAGGAAAUCACGAAGCCUCCACAUCAUGUGUCACAUCCCAGUCUUCUGUUGGAUCACUGCAACAGUUCUGGAGGACCUUUUCAAAACAUCCCAGAAUAGAGAAGAGAUGCCCAAGACCGUGACUCAGAUGUACAGCCACUUCCUGAGGGUUCAGUCCAUACAGGGGGACAGGAAGUACCAUGGGAGAUCUGAAAAAGAUCCACACUGGAGUUCAGAGAGCAGGGAGAUCAUUGUUUCUCUGGGAAAACUGGCUUUUAACCAGCUGAAGAAAGGCAACCUGAUCUUCUACGAGGCAGACCUGGCAGAGUGUGAAAUCAAUAUCAGAGCAGCCUCAGUAUACUCAGGAGUGUUCACACAGAUCUUUAAAGAGGAGUGUGGGCUGUACCAGGACAAGGUGUUCUGCUUUGUCCAUCUGAGCAUCCAGGAGUAUCUUGCUGCCCUUUAUGUCUUCGGGUCCUUUAUAAACACUGGGGUCAAUCUGCUCACAGAAGAACAGCCAACCUCUGGUAAAAAUAAACACCUCCUCUUCUACCAGAGUGCUGUGGACAAGGCCUUACAGAGUGAGAACGGACACCUGGAUUUGUUCCUCCGCUUCCUCUUGGGCCUCUCUCUGGAGACCAAUCAGAUUGUCCUACGAGGUCUGCUGGGACAGACAGGGAGUAGAUCACUGAUCACUCAGAUUAAACAACAUCUCCUGGAACAGACAGGAAGGGGCUCACAAACCAAGAAGAAAACAGUGUCUUACAUCAAGAUGAAGAUUGAUGGAGAUCUCUCUCCAGAGAGAAGCAUCAAUCUGUUCCACUGUCUGAAUGAGCUGAAUGACCGUUCUCUAGUGGAGGAGAUCCAACAGUCCCUGACAUCAGGAAGUCUCUUCAAAACACGUGUCUCUCCUGCUCAGUGGUCAGCUCUGGUCUUCAUUUUACUGUCAUCAGAAGUGGAGCUGGACGUGUUUGACCUGAAGAAAUACUCAGCUUCAGAGGAGGGUCUUCUGCGGCUGCUGCCAGUUAUCAAAGCCUCCAAAAGAUCCCUGCUGAAUGGCUGUCAUCUGUCAGAGAGAUGCUGUGAAGCUCUGGCCUCAGUUCUCAGCUCCAACUCCUCUAGUCUGAGAGAGCUGGACCUGAGUACCAAUGAUCUGCAGGAUUCAGGAGUUAAGCUGUUCUGUGCUGGACUGGGGAGUCCACACUGUACACUGGAAACUCUCAGGCUUGAUGGCUGUCAUCUGUCAGAGAGAUGCUGUGAAGCUCUGGCCUCAGUUCUCAGCUCCAACUCCUCUAGUCUGAGAGAGCUGGACCUGAGUACCAAUGAUCUGCAGGAUUCAGGAGUGAGGCUGCUCUCUGCUGGACUGGGAAGUCCACACUGUACACUGGAAACUCUCAGGCUGAAUUGCUGUAAUCUGUCAGAGAGAUGCUGUGAAGCUCUGGCCUCAGUUCUCAGCUCCAACUCCUCUAGUCUGAGAGAGCUGGACCUGAGUACCAAUGAUCUGCAGGCUUCAGGAGUGAAGCUGCUCUCUGCUGGAAUGGGGAGUCCACACUGUACACUGGAAACUCUCAGGCUGAAUCGCUGUAAUCUGUCAGAGAGAUGCUGUGAAGCUCUGGCCUCAGUUCUCAGCUCCAACUCCUCUAGUCUGAGAGAGUUGGACCUGAGUACCGAUGAUUUGGAGGAUUCAGGAGUGAAGCUACUCUCUGCUGGACUGGGGAGUCCACACUAUACACUGGAAACUCUCAGGCUGCAUCGCUGUCAGCUGUCAGAGAGAAGCUGUGAAGCUCUGGCCUCUCUUCUUAGCUCCAACUCCGCUAGUCUGAGAGAGCUGGACCUGAGUACCAAUGAUCUGCAGGAUUCAGGAGUGAAGCUGCUCUCUGCUGGACUGGGGAGUCCACACUGUAGACUGGAAACUCUCAGGCUGAAUGGGUGUCAUCUGUCAGAGAGAUGCUGUGAAGCUCUGGCCUCAGUUCUUAGCUCCAACUCCUCUAGUCUGAGAGAGCUGGACAUGAGUACCAAUGAUCUGCAGGAUUCAGGAGUGAAGCUGCUCUCUGCUGGACUUGGGAGUCCACACUGCACACUGGAAACUCUCAGCUUAUCUGGCUGCCUUGUCACACAGGAAGGCUGUGCUUCUCUGGCCUCAGCGCUGAGCUCCAACCCCUCCCAUCUGAGAGAGCUGGACCUGAGCUACAAUCACCCAGGAGACUCUGGAGCUGCGCUGCUCUCUGCUGGACUGGAGGAUCCACGCUGGAGACUGGACACUCUCAGUGUGGAGCAAGGUGGAGCGUGGAGGCUGAAACCAGCUCUUAAGAAGUAUGCCUGUGGACUCACACUGGACCCCAACACGGCCAACGGACUCCUCUCUCUGUCUGAGGACAACAGGAUGGUGACGCUGGUUGGAGAGAACCAGUCGUAUCCGUCACACCCAGAGAGAUUUGACUGCCAGUCCCAGGUGUUGGGUAGAGAGGCUCUGACUGGCCGCUGUUACUGGGAGGUAGAGAGGAAAGGACAGGUUGAUAUAGGAGUGACAUACAGAGGAAUCACAAGGAGAGGAGAUGGUGAGGACAGCGGGCUUGGAAGGAACAACCUGUCCUGGAGGCUUUAUUGUCGUGAUGAUCGUUACUCUGCCUGGUACAACGGUAGAGUAACAGUCAUCCCUCUCCCCCCCGCUGGCUCCACCAGAGUAGGAGUGUAUCUGGACCGGCCUGCUGGCUCUCUGUCCUUCUACAGAGUGUCCCCAAGUGGAGGAGGGUCCUCAGACACACUGACACACCUCCACACCUUCUGGUCCUCCUUCACCCAGGAGGACCUCCUCCCUGGGGUCGGGGUAUGGUGGGAGGGUGACUCAGUGUCUCUGUGUCGGUUGUAGACACACACACACACACACACACACACACACACA